CUUUUUACCUGGGGUCACGUGUUUUCACGGUGGUACCGCACUAAUUAGUAGGAGAUUGGACUUUGAAAGAAUAUUGAGUGCUGUGAUGAUGGAAAAGUUUUCGAGUCAGGUGUUGAACCCGGAACGUCUAAAAGCGCUGGAGAUUUGGCUGCAGGAGACGGGCAUCAAGCUGAACCAGGUCAAUGGGCAGAGGAAAUAUGGAGGACCGCCCGAUGACUGGUGUGGUGCCGCUCCUGGGAUGGGCUGCGAGGUGUUCAUCAGCCAGAUCCCGCGGGACAUCUUUGAGGACCGGCUGAUCCCGCUCUUCCGGGCCGUGGGGCCUCUCUGGGAAUUUCGCCUCAUGAUGAACUUCAGCGGGCAGAACCGCGGCUUCGCCUACGCCAAGUACGGGAGCCCAGCCUUGGCCGCCGCCGCCAUCCGCACGUUGAACGGCCACGCCCUGGAGCCGGGAGCACGCCUCAGUGUCCGGCGCAGCACGGAGAAACGGCAGAUCUGCCUGGUCGGGUUACCGGCCAACACCGGGGAGGAACAGCUGCUGCAGGUGCUGCAGGAGUUGUCCGAGGGGGCAGAAGCCGUGUCCCUGAAUUCGGAGCCGGGGGGAGGGAGUGCCAGCGCCGUUGUGAUGUAUGCCUCCCAUCACGUGGCGUCCAUGGCCAAGAAGGUGCUGGUUGAAGCCUUCAAGAAGCGCUUCGGCCUUUCCGUCACUGUGAAGUGGCUAUCUUCUGCCAAGCUCCUGCACGGCGAGCCGCCGAGACCCCCCAAAGCCCCCUCCUCUCCCCUCAAACCCCACCGCCGCGCCUACCUCGACGCCGUCCAGCCUUCCCCGGAGCCCCCGCUCGCCCCUCAGCCGCCGCCGCCCUUCUCCCGGGCAGUGGGGGGGGCCUCUUCCGUGGCGGGGCCAGCCGCGCCCGUUUCCCCCGGCGCACCGUUCCGGCUGCCUCCCGUGGACGAGGUUACGCUGCUCCAGGGGGUGUGUGAGGUGUACGGGCGGGGGGAGCCCCUCUACCACCUGCAGUACCUUUGCACUGGGGCGGAUGGGUUCCUGUACUUCAGCUACCAGGUGUAUGUGCCGGGUCUGGCCACGCCCUUCACUGGCACGGUUCAGACUCUACCCGGCCCAAACCCAGUGGCCGUUGAGAGGGAGGCGCAGAAAGCAACGGCCCAGCAGGUGCUCGGCGCUCUUUACAGAGCGUGAUACCCAGCAAACCCCCUUCUGUUUGUUUUAAUGUUUUAAUUAUAUUUUGUGUUAAUUAUGAUUAGAUCGUUUUGCACUAUAAUGGAGUUAAAUGCACGAUUUUUGCUUCCCCUUUUACCAUUUGCAUGUUUCACCACCUUUUGCCAGGUGUGUGUGUUUGUGUGUGUCUGUGUGUGCGCGCGUGUGUGUUGGUUUCUCUUUUGAAUAAAUGAGGAAUGUUUUCUAACA